UGCAAUAACUGUCAAAAUAGCUACGGCAAAUUAUUAAUAAUUUUGCAGUGAUAUCAUAAAAAUAUUAAUGGUUUAAAAAUAUUACCCACAGUAUUUUUAUGUAACCAGAUAACUCUUUUCAGAGUCUUCUUUUAAGUCGUAUGAUGCUGAAUUGGCCUUUAAAACUCUUAACAUCAGUCUCAAGAAUACAUUUCAUAAGACAGUGCAGUAUUCGCAACAUGGCCACCGUGAAAAGGGUAGCAGUUUGUCAAAUGACUUCUGUGGCUGAUAAGGCGGCUAACUUGGAAGUAGUUAGUAACUUAGUGAGCCAGGCAGCUAAGGAUAACGUGCAGAUGCUAUUCUUCCCUGAAGCAUGUGACUAUAUUUGUGAUAACAAGAAUGACACAUUAAGCCAGGCUGAGUCUAUCAUAGAGGGACCUACAGUGGCUAGCUAUAGAGAUCUGGCUGCUAAGCAUAAAGUCUGGUUGUCUAUGGGAGGAAUUCAUGAGCUGGACAACGAAUACCCGUCAAAAGUUUGCAACACACACAUUAUAAUAGACAACAAGGGCAAGAUAGUGCAAACAUAUAGAAAACUGCAUCUCUUCGAUGUGGAGAUACCAGAGAGGAAUAUAAGGCUCAAAGAAAGUGACUUCUGUCAACCAGGGGAUCAUAUUGUUGCACCCGUUGAAACUCCUGUUGGGAAAGUUGGUCUAUCAAUAUGUUACGACAUGCGUUUUCCGGAACUAAGUACUUCGCUCAGUAUAGUGACGGCAGAGAUAUUGACUUAUCCGUCAGCUUUCACUCAGGCCACCGGGGCAGCGCAUUGGCAUGUUUUACUCAGAGCCAGAGCAAUAGAAAAUCAAUGCUACGUUAUUGCCGCAGCCCAAGUGGGGGCCCACAAUCCCAAACGAAAGAGCUACGGCCAUGCCCUCAUAGUGGACCCCUGGGGCGAAGUCUUAGCCGACUGCGGGGAAUCCGCCCCUUGUUAUAAGGUAGCGGAAAUCAGCGACGAGAGAAUUAAGAAUGUGAGGAAGAAUAUGCCUGUUUUUCAGCAUAGGAGACGCAACAUCUACUCCCUCUACUGCCUAAGUCUUCGCAAAGACUUGCUCCCGGCUCAUCAGAAGUCGGCCGCGGUCGAGCCGUGUUCGAGAAUCUCGUCCGACGCCGGCGUCAACCCGGACGAGCCAUAUUAUAACUUCGGCCACGUCAUAGUGCCUGAGUCUUGUGUGUUCUUCAAAUCGAAGUUGACGUAUGCUUUUGUUAAUUUGAGAUGUGUAUUACCAGGGCACGUAUUGGUAGCGCCCAUCAGAAUGGCAGAGAGGAACAGAGAUAUGACAGAAGAUGAAGCUCAGGACUUUUAUAAAACUAUCCGAUUGGUGCAAAGGUUAAUGGAAAAAGUCCACAGUGCAGAUUCUUGUACGGUGACCAUACAAGAUGGCAGAGACGCGGGACAAACUGUUAAGCAUCUACAUUGCCAUAUUAUGCCGAGAAAGAAAGGGGACUUUAUUGAAAAUGAUCUCAUCUACUUAGAACUAGCCAAACACGAUCAGUUCAAAAAGGGCCAUCCAGCGAAACCGCCGAGGACUCGCGAAGAAAUGAUCACAGAAGCCACUCAUUUGAGGUUAGAACUACAAAACUUGUUGGCAGAAGAAAAAAAUAGUUGAUAAGUAUAUUAUUUAUUUAGAUUUCUGGUAAAUAUAUGCAAAAUUUUGAUCAUUACAACUGUCAUCGUGUUUCGGAAGGCACGAUAAACUGUAGGUCCCGGCUGUUAUUGAACAUCUUUGGCAGUCGUUACAGGUAGGUAGUCAGAAGCCAGUAAGUCUGACAACCAGUCUUGCUUAGGCAUAUUGGGUUGUCUGGAUAACUGGGUUGAGGAGGUCAGAUAGGCAGUCGCUCCUUGUGAAACACUGGUACUCAGCUACAUUCGGUUAGACUGGAAGCCGACCCCUACAUAGUUGGGAAAAGGCCCGGGAGAUGAUUGGCAAUGUCAAUAUUUGCAUAUAUUUACCAAAAAUAAAUAAAUACUAGGUAAAUUAAUAAGUUUAAGACAUAAAUUAAAAAGUUACAGCUCAAAGCCAUGGAUUGUACAAUAAUAAAUAAAUUUAUUGUUAAAAAUACUUGGCAUAGUUUGUGAGAAAAUAAGUGAUUUCUUGCGGUUCUAGGCUCUUGAUCUAUGAUCAGGUCAUCUAAUGUAGAUAAUUUAAUUACUGUAAUAUAUUGUUGAAUUAAAUAAAUUAUUUUAAAAUAUUA